CCGAGUCCUUCAUCAUGUCGGAUGGGGAUUAUGACUACCUCAUCAAGUUUUUGGCCUUGGGAGACUCUGGAGUGGGGAAGACCAGUGUACUUUACCAGUAUACAGAUGGGAAAUUCAACUCCAAAUUCAUCACCACAGUGGGCAUUGAUUUCAGGGAAAAGAGAGUGGUGUACAGAGCUAAUGGACCAGAUGGAGCUGUGGGCCGAGGCCAGAGAAUCCACCUGCAGUUAUGGGAUACGGCGGGGCAGGAGAGGUUUCGUAGCUUGACCACUGCGUUCUUCAGGGAUGCUAUGGGUUUCCUGCUACUGUUCGACCUGACAAACGAGCAAAGUUUCCUCAAUGUUCGAAACUGGAUAAGCCAGCUGCAAAUGCAUGCAUACUGUGAGAACCCGGAUAUAGUGCUGUGUGGGAAUAAGAGUGACCUGGAAGACCAGAGGGCAGUGAAGGAGGAGGAAGCCAGGGAACUGGCAGAGAAGUAUGGAAUCCCCUAUUUUGAAACUAGUGCUGCCACUGGAACGAACAUCAGCCAAGCGAUUGAGAUGCUCCUGGACCUGAUAAUGAAGCGGAUGGAACGGUGUGUGGACAAGUCCUGGAUUCCAGAGGGCGUGGUGCGGUCCAAUGGCCACACUUCUGCGGAUCAGCUGAGUGAGGAGAAGGAGAAGGGGAUAUGCAGCUGUUGAGACACCAGGUGAGCAUCGCAGCCCCGGCCUGUGAGCUGUUCCGCAGAGAUCCAGCUGGAAAGCCGAGAUGAACCACACCGCACCAAACGCCAGCUGCUUCUCCUGUCUCCAGUGGACAUUAACUCAGCAUCCAUUUCUAAGUUGUUGCAGCUUUAUAUAUCCGAGAAUUGGGAGAACUAUUUCACAGAGCCAAAAGUGCCUUGAAAGCCUAAGCCCACCACGGCAGGCCAUUCAGGUAGUCAAGAUUUUGCAGCCAUGAAAGGUUGUGUCUGUUAUGAUAGAGUGCUGAUGAUGGCACUGUCACGUGUGCCACCUAAUGAGACCUGGAGUCUCAUUAGAGACCCCCUAAAGACAUUAGGAUCUUUGAGCAAUGAAAGGCUAUCAUGGUCUUGAGAAUCCAGGUUUAAAAAUCCACACCGUAGUUGACCUUCUAGAACAUCAUUCACCAACACUUGAAUGCUAAUAUCAUGUUCACAUUGGAUCGGUGUCUUUCAGCAUCACCUCUCAUGUCGGCCUUCCCUUGGACGUUACGUUAAAAGUACAGCCAUCUCUAUAGACUGGGGAUGCUGGGUUGACUGUGGGUUUGGUGGUGGGGGGAAGGGUUUGUAGGGCAGGGGUGGGUGAAGAGGUGGAAGCUAGUGAAGUCAGAUUUUCUGGCUCUGGGCUUCAGGGUCAUGGAGACCCAGGUGUUUAUUAGUGGUCUGUUGGUUCGGUCCACAGCUAAGCAUAGCUCGGGCUUCUGCUGAAUGCACAGUGAGAAAAGACUUCUCUUGCUUCGCUUCAUAUUUGUGUUCUGUCUGGCACUUUCGAGCUGCCGUUCCUGUGUAGACUGCUGAGCGCCUGACUUUACCAUCGGGCUGGCGUCCGCCGUUGCUGUCUCCCUGUUUGUCUUCUCCCCCGUUAGUGUGACUGAAGGACUCUCUUUUUAAUUUAAGCCACAGGUUUAUUUGCCGUCUGGAGGGAGACGGAUGUCUGUAUUUAAGCAGUCACAUGUGUGUGCUCGUUUGACCCUGGUGUCUGGCAGCAGCCUGUACUUCCCCUGGAAGGUGGGCAUCCAUGUCCUCGCUGUGUCUUGCCAGAUCAUGUGUUCUGUUGCCUCAGUGUCUUCAUGCCCAAAGAGGGUGGUUCAAAAUGUUCUUCAUAGAUUCUACUUCUUCAGACCCAAGGGAUCUCAUCCACAGCAAAAGGCUUUUAAAGAAAGUAAGCCAGAAUUUCCAAAGAACUUCAAGGAAAAAUAUCAUCAAUUAUAAUUGUAAAAAGUAAAAACUAUGGAUUUUUUUUUUAACAGUAAAUGCUUGGCAGAACUUGUAAUACUUGUAAUUACUAAAAGAAAUAUAAAGGAAAAUAAGUAGUUUGCAUAGUAGUUUUCAAGUCGCUUUUUUUUUUUU